AGAGCUCCGGCAGAGCUCACACAGAGGAACUGCGAACAUGGCAUAGUAUGUGUGGUGACCACUGUUCUAAGCAAUUGUUCUAAAAGCAAUCGAUAGUUCUAAGAAGAGCCGAGAUCCGAUACUUUCUAUAGUGCGAUCGAUAUUUGAACUGCCCUGGAGUAUGACAAUUAAUUAUUAUAUAUGUAUAUAUCAUAUAAUGGUGGGAAGUUUUCGGAACAUCCUUAUCUUAUCGUGCAAGGUGGACACGAGACGAGCACUAAUCAGAGGAGAGUAUUGCUAACUCACAAUAUUAUUGAUAAACAAAGCUGAGGCCAGCGACACACGCGCACUUAAGGAGACCCACAGAGAAGAGACCCAAUUGCGGCCAUGUCCGAACCAGGAAUCAGAAAGCUGAGUCAGGAGCGGACUCGCGAGUGGCUGGCCAACCAGGCGGCCUCUGCGGAGGAGGAGGAGCUGGAGUCAAUAGCGGAAUCAUCGGUCGUGGACAGCCUGGACUAUGAGUACACCGAGUAUGGGCAGGACGAUGAGGAUGCCGACCAGAACACCAGCGAGGAAAUAAGCACCAUGACCCUUGGCACGCAGGUCGCCUCGAAGAAACACUCAGUCAUCAGCGACACAAUUCGCGACCUGAUGAACUCGAUCAACAGCAUUCAGACUUUGGGCAACGUGAACAUCAGCAACUCAACGAAUGUCCAUAUCGGCAAUGUGACCAAUAUCAAUGGCAACAUACAGAUCAUAGCUGAUGGUCUUGGCCAGUCGCGAAGAGAUCGCCGUAACGUGUCGCCCCCGAAAGCUCCCGCUCCGAACUCUAACACGCAAUUCGACGAAGAUUACCAGGACGAGUCAGAAGAGAGAGUACGUCCAGAUGUAUUUAUUAGACGCCAAAGAUUCAAAAUACCGAAGGAGCUGUGCUCCAUAAUUCCACGACAUUCCUGGCUAGCGCAAAUGCCCAUGGAAGAUCCGAUAAAUUUGCAGCUACCCGUUAAAUAUGUGGUCAUCUUGCACACUGCUACCGAGAGCUCAGAGAAACGCGCGAUCAACGUAAGACUUAUCCGAGAUAUGCAAUGCUUCCAUAUAGAGUCGCGAGGAUGGAAUGAUAUUGCGUAUAAUUUUUUGAUUGGCUGUGACGCCAACAUCUACGAGGGACGCGGUUGGCACACCGUGGGCGCCCAUACACUGGGAUAUAAUAAGAUAUCGCUAGGAAUUAGCUUUAUUGGAUGCUUCAUGCGGGAGCUUCCAACGCCGGACGCACUUAAUAUGUGCCGCAAUCUGUUGGCGCGCGGCGUAGAGGAUGGCCACAUUGCAUCCGACUAUCGACUUAUUUGCCACUGCCAGUGCAAUUCAACGGAAAGUCCUGGCCGGCGAUUGUACGAGGAGAUACAGACGUGGCCUCACUUUUACAAUAUUGAGGAGGAACAACAAUAAUCGGACAAAGAAAGGCACACAAUUACAUGAGUUCAAUGCACAAUAGGUUUAUAUCAAUGUUAAAAAUAAAUAUGUUACACUUA